UGAGUCUCGUCGCAAUCAUUUACGAAAGCGGAUUAGUGAGUUACUGUUUCUUUCGGGAAAUCAUUGAGCUUCCGCAUUGCCAAUAUUUCGUCAAUGAAUGUCGCUCACGUCGAUAAAGUGGGCUAAUAAAAUUGCUGAAAAAUUAAUAUCGCGAAGUGUUAAAAAAGGUUUGCAUACGGUGGCCUUGCUAGCGUCGAUCGUGGAACUGCAGUGGAGACGUCGUUCGGAGGUGUUCCUCAUCACAUUUCCCUCGCGACGUUCACCAGUUUCUUGAUUUUCCCGUUGUAACCCCCCUGGCGAAGAGAGAUUAAAUGCGGACACGUAAAAGAAAUAUGAAUAAAUGUUCGCGAAAGCAAACUAUAUUUACUGAAUGGAAAAACCAGCCUCUACAUCGAUCAACGAAGGCGAGUCCCAGAAGCGAAGAGUCUGGCCACAGGUUGGACAGCGGUUCCCCCUUCUGGAGGAUUCAACUUGACCAAGACCUCCUGGAUACAAUAAGCGCUAUUUAUCCCGAGUGGUUCAAAGACUACACGAAUAACAGAACUUCAACAUCGUCGUCGAGUUCCUCGACAUCGAGAACGACGCAUUCGUCCAAAAAUAACGACGAUUUGAUUGCAUCGCCUCCCGAUUCCAGUGUAGAGGAUGAGCAUCUAGCCCAUCCCAAAGGCUUCAGCGUCAAGUCCGAAACAAAAUCUCAGUUGAAUGCGAAGAGGCUCUUCCACGCAUCCAGAGACAGAAGAGAGAAAAGAGAGCCGAAAGAAAACAGUGAUCUAUCAGUUUUGGAUAACGAAGUAGUGGGGAAAAUCACAACGACAAAACAUCACCAGCGUCGUGACAGAGAUUCUGAAGAGGAAAAUUCGGUGCUUAGAAGUAAAUCGCCGAAUGGUGUAGUUGCCUCACUUGCAACGGACACCAAAGAGGAUCACGAAUCUUCGGUUUCGAUAGAAAUGGCUGAGGGCAAUCGUUCACCGCCGAAAGCGGAAGUCGACGAUUCUCCGUUACAGCACGCCAUGGAUCGGAAUAAAGAAUCGCUGAAGGUGAAGUUGAUGCUGAGAAGGCCCAUCAAUCAACUGGUCGCACAAGGCAUCAUGCCACCACUGAAAACCCCUCCGGCAUUUUAUGAGCAACGCAAGCAAUUAGAACGAGCAAAGACGGGUGAUCUCUUGAAAGCGAAGAUUCAGCAGCGACCUGGACGCGAUGAGCUCGUAAGACAGCACAUACUCGAGGACGUUGGACACGUUGAUCCGAGUUUGGCCGAGAGGCAGCGUAUGCUCAAGAAAGCGAGACUCGCCGACCAACUCAACGAUCAACUGAGUCAUCGGCCUGGACCUCUUGAGCUCAUACAGAAAAAUAUUCUACACACCGAAGAACCUAUCGAGAGGGCAGUCAAAGAGGGCCACAUUCCCUUUAAAGCAACAUGCGAAGGCCAAGUGACGAAGCCUCAGCCACCCGACCAUUACAUCACAUUCGAGGACGAUUCGCAGAGUUCGGAGGGUGCGCCCUCGCCUCCGCUGGAGACCUCGCAACGUCCCGAAGUCAUUGAAACGACGACGGCGUCAGGGGGAAUCGUCACACUAUCCCUCAGUAUUCCUACGACCGGUGGUGCUGUAGUCGUUUCCUCCACAUCACCGGUAUUCCAACAGACAAAUACCGAACCGACGAUACAAACUUUUGCCGAACUUUGCAAUACCGUCGUCGGUAAUCAGCACCAACAACAACAGCAACAACUCACCAGUCAACAAAUUACUCAGCAACAUGUACAAUUGCAGAGUCAACAACACGCGUCGACGCAGGCGAGUCAGGCGAAUGGCGCAACAGCUGCAUUAUUGCCAUUGGCACCGGCGCCUAGUCCAAUUUCUCUGGGCUCAACAACCUCGAGCCUCAGCCCACUCUCAAAUAUAUCGAUAGCAUCACCAACGGGACCACCACCAACUGCGAUAACACCGAGACCCCAAUCCAGCCCAAUUACAUCGACCAAUUGUCAACGCAGCGAUGCCCCAGGAAAGGACAAAAAUCGAAAAAAGUCUAAAACCAAAAGUCAACCUAAGACUCGUACAAUCAAAUUUCACGAAUACAAGGGUCCUCCAAGCGCGCAAAAGACGUCCGUAUCGUCGACAACUUCAGGUCUCGGGCCUUCGCCGCCCGGUGAAACGCGUUACGAACUGCUCCUACAGCAACAGCAGCUCUUUCUCCAGUGGCAACUCGAAUGGCAUCACAAGUAUCCUCACAUACUUCCAGCUGCACAAAAAACACUCCCGAUGACCAGUAGCGGUGGCAGUGAUGCUGGUAGCGUGAGUGGUGCUAGUGCAAGUGUGCCGAGUCCCGCACCUUCGAAUGCGUCCAAUAAUCCAUCGGAACAACCACCUUUAAGGCCUCUCGGCAAACUCGAAGAUAUGAAAGUAAGCGACUUGAAAGUGGAAUUGAAACGUCGGAAUUUGCCGGUCUCCGGUUCGAAGCCACAGUUGAUUGAGCGAUUAAAACCAUUCACGGAAUCGUCGAGUAACAAUGUAACUACGAAUUCUAACGGGCCACACGUAACUCACAUGGGUCAUAUACUGAUGGACACACCGGGACCGAUAACAGGGGACGAUUCUAGUCCGCACGCCAAAAAUCCAAGUUCACCGAUGAAGGACGAUCCCAACAGCCCCAGAACGGAUUCGCCACACGGUAGUGAGCAGGAAGAUCCAUCGAGUCCGUUAGGUGACGAUAUAAUAAAGGAACAACGCAAAACAAUCGAGGAAUUGAAGCGCGAGCUUUACAAAUCUAAAAAACAGUUGCAGCAAGUACGUCAGACUCAACCGGCUACGGUACGAGCCGAGAAACUAGCACUUCAGCAACAUUUACACAACAAAAUGCAACAACAGCAAUUAGCUCUGCAUCUUCAACAACUGCAACAACAGGAACAACAAAAUCGUUCACAGUCACAGCCACAAAGCACCCAGCAACAACAUGCUGCCUUUCAACAACUCAAUGCCAAAGCGAGUUUAGCCGCCUUCCUACAGGCGCAACCGAACAACGCGACUAUAUUGGACUCGACGAGUUUAACCGCUAUAAACAAUAAAAAGAAUCAGGUAAAGAACAACAACGCCACCGUACAAUUACCCGCUGCGAUUGUUCUUAAUCUCGCCAAACCGACCAAAUUGAAUGGCUCGUUGCUCGGUGCUCUGGUUGCACAAGCUCAAGCCCAACAACAACAACAACAACAACAACAACAGCAACAGCAGCAGCAACAAACGACCGUGUUGGAAGAAGUUAAGCCACCGCCACCGCCACCACCACAAUACGACGAAGCUGCUAAAUUGUUGAAGGUUAAAAUCGAGCCAGCACCGCCAAAGAAUCACGUAAAAAGUCAGGUCCUCGAUGAUGUUCUCGAGAUUCUUAUAAAGAACGGUGAAUUACCACCGAGCGCAGCAGAUCCAACCACGCCCACAACUCCAAAUCGGCAAUUGACACAAAAUAUCGUAUUCGCGACACCAGCUGAUAGUGCAACGCACUCGAUCGUUUUCGCGGCUUCGAGUCCGCUGAGUCCGGCAGUCAGUCCAAUGGCGAUUGACGUGAAUGCGAGUAGUGCUGCUUGUCCGAGUCCACCGACAGUAACAUCGCCACCGCCGCCACCACCUCCACCACCACCUCCGCCGCCGCCGCCUCUUCCACUCGCCAAUUUUUCAGUCCAAUUGCCAAGUGAACUGCAACAGCAGCAUCAAUCUCACGGUGGAAUACCCUCCUUCACGGCCGAUCUUUUGUCGUCCGAAGCGGAAUUGGACGCCGCGAUGCUCUUGAGUCCUCAGUCCGUACAGCCGAUCGGUGGCUCACCCGACCCUCAACCACCUCAGGAAGUUACCUCCUCAGACAAUGUCAAUCUUGACUUCAAGUCUCUUCUAAUGCAGGAAUUGGGUCUGGAUUUGGAUACACUGGAUACGAUGGACUUCAGCAGUCUGGAUUGUGAUCUCGAGGUAAAGACAGAAGCGUCACAAGAAUUGAUGGAGAUAGGUGACGUCCCGAUGGAUAUGGAUCCUGACUGGCUGGACUCUUGGAUUCCUCAAUCGCCACCGGGUUCAUCGACUUCGAACCAUCACCACCAUCAUCAUCAUCAUCACCAUUAUCACCAUAACAAUAACAAUCAACAACACUCGCCUCAAUCUGUUCAAUCCACUGUGACUGAUAUUCACGACCCGAUGUUGGCCAACAGUCAGGAUCCUUUCGAGCUCUUCAGCAUGGAAGACGCGGAUUUUAAAAUGUCUUCGGAAAUUCCGCUCAGUUGGGACAAGUGUGAUUUCGCGACCUAGCACCAGUUAAAAAAUUGGGCACUUCGUACUUAGAAAACCAUCCAAAUUUCUCACUCGUUUAACUUUACCGGUUAUUGGAAGAAAUUAUGAUAUCCGUGAAACAGAGCAGCAAAAAUUUUCGAAUUCACGAGAACCCAGAGACACUUAUGCUCGUCCCGUCACUUUCUCAGGUGUGUCUGUGUCAACAAUCGAAUCCAAACGUUUCGCGAGUGUGCUAUAAUCACGUCGAACACAGAUGACAUUUUCAUUAUUUUUUUUGUCUUCUCAAUUUGUUAUAAAUAAUACAUCGAAUGAUUUAUCAUUCGCCAAAUCACACGAAAUAGAUUUACUACGUACUUCGCGAUAUUGAAUUCAGGAACAUUGAUUUCAAUGACGUGUAUUAAAAGUAUCGGAGCUUACGAAUAUGAAUACGAAUGUACGUGCGCGCAUUCAUACAUCACAGAGCAUACUCAAUGCAUGUGCGUGAGUGCGUGAAAAAAUCUCCUUAACGCAAGGAUUCGGUAAAAAUUACUCGUCCCUCGAGACGACCCAGUCAACCGCGUUUGUAGGGUGGAUCGAAUCGAUAAGCUGAAUCUUCCGGAGCAACGGAGGAAAAACAGGUAAAGGCGAUGAUCGCGAGACCAUCGUUUCGACCGAGUUAAUGGCUCAGCGAUUCGUAACUGAAAGGUUUCUACUAGACACGGAACUCAAAAUAGAAAAUUGAUAAACUUCUCGUUGCCACGUCUUGCGCUGCCAUAGUUUCGACUAAAACUCGCUCGACUCUUCCCGUUAAGCCUCAAUCUUCUUCAAGAAGUGAAGGACAAUACGUCAAAAAAGUAGUAAACGCAUAGUAGAAUCGGACGUGCGAAUUUGAAAAGACGACAUUUUGAUGCGCGGCUAUUGAAAAAAGAGAACAUUUCUGUGUGUUGUGUGCGCCCACGAUUUUCGGUCACGCAGAAAGUGCGAUAAAAAACAAAAGCCUCACAAGAGUGAGUUAAAAGUGAUCAUUCAGAAAUGUUUUCCUGUAGCAGGCCCGUGCGCGCGCUCUUCCAGUUACCGAAAAUCCGUAGCUGGCAUUUGCGUCGAGCUUGAUUUGGAGAGGAAGAGUACAAUCUGAGUGAAGAAAGAAGUUAUAGAAGUUAUGAGAGAGGAAAAUCAUAUUUAGCGUCAUUUUCUUCGAAUUGCUAUUGUUCGAAUGACAAACAUCAUUUUUAUCUAAAUUUUGAACAACCGAGGGUUUUUUUUAACUGAAAAGAACAGAUCUUUCGAAACUCAAAAAUAUGUUUUAGAUAUUGGAAUCAUGUAUUUCAUUUGAAGUGCUCGGUCUGUUACAUCGAGGUGGUAUAACGUCGCUGCGGCGAUAAUUGAACGAAUUUGAAUUACGAAGUCAGACCCUACCUGUACCUUGAUACCGGAACUUUCGUGGAAAAACUGAAAAACGAGCAAUAUCGUUUGCCCAAAAAGAAUGUUGAUGCGUAGCUUAACCUUCGUUCUUACUCUUCUCUCACUUGAAGGCGAUCCAUCAGUUGCGCCAAGUGCAAUGGAAACAGCUGGGACGCAUGUUCCUUUUUUAUUCUUAAUACUUUGAUAUUUUGAGAAAAUGAAAAGUACAUUUUGUCUCUGAAGAAAAUGAACAUCCAACUGUGUCCAAAAAAUAUUCAAUGCAGGAUUUUACCGGUUGAACGAAUGAUAGAUCGCCUUAAGAAUGUAUAUACCGGCCAUACAGUCAUACCCAAAGGUCUCGUAUUAUAAUUAACAAAUUGAAUUGUGUUUGUGAGCGCCCGACAUUCAUGAUUUCGUUCUUAUACUUAUAAACACAUGAAUGGAAAACAAUGUCAAUAGAAAAGAUUGAAUGAUUUAUUUUGAUUAUCGAGGGGCUGAGUUUCGAUAGAACUUUAUAAAUUAAAAUGCCUGUAACGAUGAUUAUGAUUAAGUGCUCACGAAACGUGCGUUUCGCGAUGUUGUAUUUUCGAAUGAAAUCAUUAACAAUUAUAAGUUUGAGAAGGAGUAUCAAUAUUGCUUAUCAACGCUCGCACCUUGAACCAUUGAUUUUCGUUGAAAAAAAAAAAAAAAAAAAAAAAAAAAAACGUUAACCAAUCUACAAGGAUCUGUUCAAUAAUAAAUUUUCCGGCUCCUGGAAAGAAAACAGGGUUGGAAAAUUAAAGAAAAAGUGAUAAAACAGACACGCAAUAUUUUAUUAAAACGUAAAAUAAUUGUGUGCGAGUGUUGAAUAAUUUUUUCUGGAAUAUCUGACCAUGUUCUUACUUUUUUUUCCAAUGAGACAGGAAAUUGAUAAUCCGAAUUGCGUGUUUCCUGUGUAAAAAUUAGACUCUAACUGAAUCAUAAUUUGUUGCGUUUAAUUCUCACACAGCGAGAUACGAUUGAUAGGAUCAAUCGGCAGUGCGAUUCAGAAAUAUUGAAACGAAAUGGGACAAGUGACGCAAUUUUGGCUUCUCCGACUCUCUCAUCAGGGUAAUCGAAAUUUGGCUACGCGCGGUGACUGAGUCAUAAUACGAGUAAUACUAAUUUUGUAAGUGACUCGAGCUCUUUUUUUUCGGACGUAAAACCCCGUCGGUCACACAAGAAACAUCCAAUCGCUGUAUUUCUUCAACGAAAAGACUUGGCAUCUCUGAAUUUUUCCAUAACGAUAAUCGCUCCACGAUAUCUUGAACGAAGCUUCACUGAAAACGAAAUUUCGUCGAACGCAACGAAAAUUCUAACAUUCCAAACUUUAUUUUCAAGGAUCCCAAACGAGAGCUCCUAGAGGUUUGAGAGCCCAAAAACAGAAUGAAAUUGAAACGUCACUUUCGCAACCCCUUCACAACUUCCUUCCUACAUCCCUAUGCACAAAUACCCGGAAAAAACUAUUCAGACGCAAUCUAUUUUGGAAGCAUUUAGAGCCUGUGCAGUUAUGCAACAACAUUGUUUUGGGGGCUCUGAGUAACUCGUUACACAAUCUUGAAAUUCUGCCAAAUUUUCAAAUGCAUUUAUUGCCAUUGAUGUGAAAAGUAAUGUUUUUUGCGUUAAUUUAUUUAUUUAUUUCAUCGAGCUCCAUCAUAUCGUCGAACUCUUUUUGUUAAUUCUGCAAAAUACAGAAUGGAAGAGAACGCAGUCUUUUCGAUGUUGAGUAAGCGAAAUGGGACACUGGAUGUAUGAUCCGACGUUCUUUUACAAAAGUUUCGGAGUUUUUUGAAAAACGAGCAAACUCGGUAUACGUAAUUGCAGGCAUAAUAUCUUGAAAAUUAAAAAGCCAAGUUUUUCGUUGGGCACAACAAACUACUGAAAUAUUCAUUCGGAAGAUUCAAAUUGCGCUUAUGAUAAGAAAGAGCUUGCGAUGUUCCAUUCUCUUAAAAAAAAAAAUUAUAUAGUAUUCUACUUGGAAACAACAUUUGCGUUGAGAUUUAUCUAAAUUUGGAGUUUGGAGCGUGUGUUAAAAAACUUCAUGUAAACCCUACUUUAUACAAAUCAUGAAAAAGCUUCGCGUGAAAACUGAUCGAAAAUACGUGGAAACAAUCAAAUUCAAUGAUUAAACGUGAACUCGGAAUAAUGUCUGGAGGAAAAAUAAUAUUUGUAUAGAGGAAAAUCGAGAUGAAAAUGUUUUAUCAGACGAGUGAGCAGGAAUCAUUGAUUUCGCCAAAAUUUUCAAGACAUCAUCGAGGCAAUUAUAUUUUUAAAAAACUCCGGGACUUCGAGCGUAAGAGGUGGAUACUUCUCCGGAAAAAUCUCGUUCAUUCAAAAUUUUCUUUAAAACAAUAGUAGGAGCCAAAUUUCUCUUGCCUGGCACAUAUUGCUUAGUUACUCGUCAGCAUCGUACUAUUGCCAUGACAAUAAUUAGGAUUAUUGUAUCUUUCUUAAUUUCUUCUUUUCGUUCUUUCGCGAAAUUUUGUAAAUGACCAAGUGCAUGAUUGAUGAUUUCAGCGGAGCGAAAUAUAGAGAACCGUGCGAUACGUUUUUCGGAAUGUGUGUCAAUAAGUGUAUUACGAAUUUUCUUAGUUUUUAAGAGUAUCGUUUUGUGAAAAGUGUUUUAUCGCGUUUCUUGAAACAAUUAUCCGAAAUUUAAAAAGGAAAAAUCGUUUUUCCUUUUCCUUCGACUAUUAAAAAUGAUCGAAAGAUGAAACGGUGCAGUUGUUAUACACUGAAAGGAACGAAGAAGAGUGCAUCGGUUUAACAUCCUUUUCGUUGAAUUAUAAAACAGAGCAAUUUUCAAUUCUCCAAUUUUUGUGGAAUGAUGAAAAAAUAUUGUUCCACAUGCUACUGUGAAAUGUAAAAAAAGAAAGAAAGAAAAACAAAAUAUACAUUAGCAGCAUGUGAUAUCUGUGCUGAUAAAAUGAUCGUCCAAAAGGUUGGACGUGAGCAGGCGGCGAUCAUACAAUUUUUUCUAAGGCUGUGGGAGUCUGAAUUUUAGUCCGUCAAUGAGACAAGAACGUAAUCAGCAAUAUUGGCGUUACUAUAUUUUCUUUUUCUGUUAUUUUUCCUCUUUUUUGUGACAAACUUCGUUUAACAUCUGUUCAAAACGAAUCUUACAUUAAAUAAAAAUUAUUCGAAUGCGUGUAUCUAUAUUUUAUGUAUACCGGAACGUACCAGUUCGAACAUAGAGCGAAUAUCGCUUGAUCGAAUGUUUGAUAUUGCGAUUGAAUGAACGGAUGAACGAUGGAACUUUUGUUUAUUAUCACUGAAUUAAUUAUUAUCAUUAAUAUUAUUAUUAUCACUAUAAUGAAUAUUAUAAUAAUUAUUAUAUGAAUUAUAAUUUUAGAUAACGAUCACAUAAUUAUUGCUAGAGAGAGAAAGAGAGAGAGAGAGAGUGUUAUUUAUUUUUAUUUGUUGCAAAUUUAUCGAUUGCCUUCCAUUUGAAUUUAAAUAAAUAAAUAAAUAGAGAAUUA